ACCACCUGCUCCUCCUCCGUUGCCAAUUGACUCCUCCACACCUCUCCUUCCUCCCCUGUCCCUACCUCCCACACUCGAUCGGCUCUGCUCUACUACUAGUCUCGGCUCCGACGCGCGCGCGCGCGCGCCAUGGACACGGAGUGGCUGCGCGGGAAAUGCAUCGGCCGGGGCGCGUUCGGCGCGGUGCACCUGGCCGUCGACACGGCCACGGGCCGCGCCUUCGCGGUGAAGUCGGUGGACGCGGCGACCGCGCCGGCCGCGGCGGCGGCGCUGGCGUGCCUGGAGGGUGAGAUAAGGAUCCUGAGGCGGCUGCGCUCGCCGUAUGUCGUGGCGUACCUCGGGGACGGCGGGGCGGGGGCCGCGAGGGACCUGCGCAUGGAGCUGGUGCCCGGCGGCACCGCCGCGGAGGCCGCGGCGAGGCGGGGCGGGCUCGGCGAGCGCGGCGCGCGGGGCGUGCUCAGGAGGGUGGCCGCCGCGCUGCGGUACCUGCACGGCGAGGCCGGCGUGGUGCACGGGGACGUCAAGGGCCGGAACGUGCUCCUCGGCUGCGGCGACGCCAGCGGGUACGGCGCGAAGCUUGCUGAUUUCGGCGCGGCGAGGCUGGUGUCCGAGGCGGCGCCGCGCGGCCCGCGCGGGACGCCCGCGUGGAUGGCGCCCGAGGUGGCGCGCGGCGGCGCGGCGAUGCCGGCUUCCGACGUCUGGUCCCUGGGCUGCACGGCGCUGGAGCUGCUCACGGGGGCGCGCCCCUGGUCGGAGCUCGGCGGCGCCUGCGAGGUCGGCGAGCUGCUGCUCCUCGUCGGGUUCGGCGGGAAGCGCCCCGCGAUCCCCGCGUGCCUGUCCGACGCGUGCCGGGACUUCCUCGACAAGUGCCUCCGCCGCGACGCCGGCCAGCGGUGGACCUGCGAGCAGCUGCUGCGCCACCCGUUCCUCUCCGCGGACGCUCAAGACGGCGCCACCGAGCCGGAGCCGUUCCCAUCCCCGUCCCCGUCGCCUCGCGCGGUCCUCGACUGGCCCCCCUCGGAUUCGGACUCCGAGGCGCUGGACGACGCGGAGCCCGAGAGCGAGCACGAGGUCAUGGCGCGCGCCAAGGGGCGGGUCGCCGAAUUGGCCGCCUCAAACUGGCCGCGCGCGAGCUGGGAUUGGGAGGAGACGGGGUGGGGCGCCGGGCCCACCCGUGCGGCCGACACCUGGGCCCCACCUCCCAGCUCCGAGGCGCCAAGAACCGCGCCGUCGUCAGCAUCAGAAGGCAGCGCGGGAAAUGGCAACGCUGGUAGGCCCGCAGCGCCAAGCUCCGCCGCCGCCGCCACCGGCCGCGAUCAUGACGUCGUGCUCGUCGGCAGUGGCGGCGGCGGGCUUCGCUGCGGCCGCGGCCGUCCUGGCUGUCGCAGUCACCGUUGUCGACAUAAAUGCGGGUUCGGGGUAGUAGGAUUCGGCUGGCCGCCGUUGGCCGUUGUACCCGUGCUGGUACCAUGUACUGUUGUCCCCCUCGCCGAUUCAAUUCGAUCCAAAUUUCUGUCCAAUCGAGCAGCCAAUGAGUUUCGUGUGCCGUUUCAGAUGCUUCGCUUAGUACCUGGCUCCGGGUUGGCUAAUGAUUCUCUGGAGGGCGAAAAGAAGACUGAAGACGGAAACAGCAUGCUUAAUCAGAAAAUUCAAUCCACAGUGGCCUGA